AUGGCCGCCGUGCUCGUCCUCGGACUCGUCGCCAGCAUCCUCCACUUGCCGACUCCCGUCCACGGCUACAUCCCCGCCAGGCCCGUCAACGACACCUCGUCCCUCGACUCGUCGAGCGACCUCCUCCACUUGGCCUUCCAGAACGGCGUCUACAACACGCCGAUCAGCCGUCAACUGUGGGCCGAGGGCUUCGACGACUCGGGCAACUACACCAACAUCUCGACGAUCGUGCCGUGGACCAAGUUCUCCAAGGGUGUCCUCCUCCACUUUGACGAGACGCUGCGCAACCAGCCGCCGACGAACGUCCCCUGGAUCGCCAUGAUCUCGUGCGACACGAACGGCACCAACCCGUCUGACGAGGACGACAUCUUUACCAUCACGCGCGACCUCGGCGCCCAGGCGGCCCUCCUGUACUCGCUCACGUCCGAGGGUUGCCAGAUCACCGAGGAGUACCUCACGUUUGAGAAGGUGCUCGACGUCUACGCGACCACGACGCUUCAAGGCUCGCGCAUCAUCGAGCAGCAGUUCGUCAACGUCAACGCCGCCGCCGCCGCGUACGACUCGCUCACGCUCAACAACUCGGCCUCGAUCGCCCAGGCGCUCCUCGACAGCAACGCCCUGUCGGUCAUCGGCAACGUCCCGAUCAACGCCUCCUCGACGGCGACCGAUGACGACGAGGGCGACGAGACGGCCAUGUCGACCGUCGACCCGACCGCCAUCGCCGCCGCGACGAGCCCGUCCGUGUUCGACCCGGACAACGACGGCUCGACCUCGAGCGCACCCGACGCGCUCGUCACAUCGUCGGAGACGGCGCCGUCGCUGUUCUCGGGCACCUCGGCGGCCGCAGGGCGACUCGUCCGGCGCCAGGCCGCCCCGACCGUCCCGACCGGCUCGCCGCCGACCCGCACGUCGAGCUCUGCGUCGGCCACGAGUACCGCGUUCGGCUCGUCGCAGAACUACCUCGGCGCUGUCAUGGCGGCCGCCAACGUCACGGUCGGUGGGCUCAACCCGCCCUCGGCAUCGGCCAGCGCGGCCUCGGGCGGCGGCGGCGGCGGCGCAAAGUCGACGUCGAUGGCCAUGAUCAUCCUGUACGCCAUCACGGGCGUCGUGACGGCCCUGUUCCUCGUCGUCAUCAUGUCGGGCGCGAUCCGUGCCGCUCGUAACCCGCAGGUGUACGGCCCUCGACUCGGCGGCGCCGGCGGGUUUGGUGGCUCGGGCGACGGCGAGGGCCAGACGCGCGCGAGCGGCCUCACGCGCGCCAUCCUCGACACGUUCCCCGUCGUCAAGUUUGGCAACGGCCGCGCGCAGAGCGAGGAGCGGCGGGACGAGGAAGCGGGCCCGGUCGUCGGCGACGACGACGACGACGAGCGCAAGAAGGCGGCUGCGGCGGCAGGAGAGGGCGAGCAGAUCGAGCUCGCUGUCAUGCCGAGCAUGGCGCCGGCCAUCCCGAUGACACGCAGCCGCAGCGCCGACGGGCUCGCUCCUCGAGGCGUGCCACCUGUCGCCGCACCACUCGCCGCCGCCGCUGCCGCCGACGCUCGCCCCAGGGCAGCAUCCCGAGCGAGCACGAGCGCCGAGUCGUUCCACUCGGCGGCGUCGACGCCUGUCGCCGUACCCGUCGCUCGGCGUCACUCGACCUCGUCGCUCGAACCCGUCCCGGCAACGCCCAGCUCGACCGCCGCCGCGUCCUCGUCCGCCACCACCCUCGACGCCGCAGCUCCCGUCGCCGCCGUCGUCUCGCCCUCGCAGGCCGCCGUCGAGGCGACGCUCGCCUCUGCCGCCGACGCGGCCGAGGCCGACCUGUGCCCGAUCUGCUUCUGCGACUUUGAGGACGGCGACGAGCUGCGCGUCCUGCCGUGCGACAACCGGCACCGGUUCCACAGCGCGUGCAUCGACCCGUUCCUCCUCAACGUCAGCCGCCUGUGCCCCCUGUGCCGCCUCGACCUCGCGACGGUCGCCGCGCCGCUCGCCGGGACUAACGACGCGCAGCAGCAGCAGCAGCAGCAGCAGGACGGCGACGGCGCGGCGGCGAGGACGAGCGAGGGAGACGGCGCAGAGGGGGAGCGCCAUGAGGAGGAGCGCGUCAUCCGGCACCUGCGCGCGCUGCUCCACCGCGGCUCGCACUCGUCGCCGGCCGGCUCGGCGCGCCCUACCGUCCCGGGCGCCUCGUCCACCUCUGCCGGCGGCGGCGGCGGCGGCACAGCAGCAGCAGGUUCCGAGUCCGCCGACGGCGUCGAGGCCGGGUUCCGCAACCGGUUCGCGUCGUACGUGACGGCGCGGCGAGGGCGCACCCGUCGCGGGAGCUCGUUCAGCGGGCCGAGCCGGCUCGGGAGCUCGUUCAGCGCGUGGGCGGCGGGACCGUCGGGCGAUGGGCGGAUCGGCGCGCCGGUGUGA